UUUCUGUAGGAAAAAGUGAAGGAACAGCCAAAUGUGCUCCCAAACGAAUCUUGUUUUCGUUGCAAAGUUUAUUUGCUUGCAACUGUCUCACGCAUAGUCACCAUGAGUGCAGUAGAAGUGUUGAUUCCGCAGCAGAAAAAGUCUGCUCGGAAGCGGGAGAAUCUGGAUCAUCUUUCGGAGAAAGAGCGAAUUCAGAGAAGAAAAAUCACCAAUCGAGUUUCAGCCCAGGCUGCACGUGAAAGAAAGAAGGUGUAUGUCGACCAGUUGGAAUCUCUUGUGAGGCAAUUGCAAAAUGAGAAUGGCAAAUUAAAAUCACGAGUCGGACUUUUGGAGACUAGAAUCAAUAUAGUCCGCGAAGAUAAUUCCAGACAGCGAUCCACGGCAGCCCGAGCCACCACGGCAAGUGCACGAUGUGACAUGCCAGCAGUUCGGGGGUGCCUGGCCGCCCCAGCUCCAGUGAGCGACCAUGACAUUCUGGAUUUGGAGAUGCCCAUCAUGGACAUCAAGACCGAGCCGGUGGAGUGCGAGUCCGCAGCACUCGAUGUUUCUCAGCCGCAGAAACGGUGCACUUCACCGACGGAGUCAAUGAAUCAUUUGAAUCGCAUGAUGCUCAUGAUGACCUGUCUCAGUUGUCUGGCAAGUCCGACAUCGGCAUCCCAGCUGGGGGAGGUGCUAGCCAGCACUCCGUUCAGUCCACAAGUGGAGACCCCGUUGCUCUCGACCCCGGACUGUCCCUCCCAGACUUGUCCGCCUUCUUCCCGGAAAGCAGCGGACUUACCGACUACCUUCCCCUCGGAGAUGUAUGGUGCAAUACCCCUCCUAUUUCUGAUUCAGACAGUAGUCCUAUCGCUGUACCAGAAUCGCCGUCCACAGUAUUGCAGCAGUUACUGGAAGGGAUCGAGUGCGACGAACUGCUUCUCACGCCGCCUGGAUCCUGUGGGUACGAUAGUCCUGCCGGGUCACAAUCGGAUAUCGACAUUGAUUUGUUGCUAGACCCAGCCUCGCCGGAGUCAGCAACGGGAUUUCUGUUUCCAGAGGUGUCAUGGUAGGCCCUGCCCUUUGGUUUUCCAACUCUGUUAACCUUGCUAACUUCGGAAGGCGGCUCUUCCAAGUUUCUGCCCAGUGCUGUUUUCCGCGUUCUUGUUUUUCUGCCAUAUGGCUGGCUUUCGUUUUGCUGUAUAUACUUUACUCCCUGCUACAGUUAUAUCUUCCUUUAAUUUCUCUGUUAAAUUGCAUUUCGAUUUGUUGACUGGCGGUCAACUACAUCUUGCUGAUCACCGCUUUUAUUUUGCUUACUUUGUAUACCCGCUUCUCCUGUGCAGCUAGCUUUGACGAUGUGCUUUAUUGUACCUUGAUCACAAAUAUUCACCCUCCUUUUCCUGCUGAAGCUUGCUUUAAUAUAGAUUUGCUGGCUUAGCUAGUCUCCUUAGCUAGCUGUGUGUUAUGUUUAGUUCUUAUCAUUGGUAUCAAUUACCAUGUUUCUCUUGUCGGAUACGAAUACGUUGUAAAACAAAUAAUCCUAAUAUUUCUAGCCAA